AUGACUACAGAAAUUUCGGAAGGUACCAUGAAAGGGUUUAUUGAUCCAUAUUUUUUUACUACUCCUUUCGAGCUAUGGAGUCUUUGCUCUUUUAUCGACGCGCAUGUCGGACCAGGAUUCUCAAAAAAGGACUGCUUGUACUUUUACAAGGAAGGAUUACAAAAUAUUUGUAAAUCAUCAGAGUUUGACGACGAGCAAAAGACUAUGGCAAAAAAGCUGAUUGACACAUAUAAAGCGGACAAAAAGAAGUGUGCAGAGUUAUUAAAACUUCAUGAAAACAAAAUCACAGCUCAAUCGGUUAGGUCGGAUAUGCUUCAGAACAGGCUUAAAUUAUUAGCUAACACUGCAAGGUCCGCAAAUUCCACACUUUACACAACAUUCACUCAAGCUGAUGUAUCCGUUAGUUGUUAUAAAACUCCAGAAAGACAGAUCACAAUAGAUCAUGAUAUCUUACCUAUUGGUCCAAAUCCUUUUAUCGUUGAAUCAUCACAAGAAAGAAAACAUGAUCUAGAGGAUGAAAGUAAUUUUGAAGAGGAGUAUGACGCGGAACAAACAAUUGUGUGCGGAAAAAGUAUUAGUUGGUUAGUUGGCGGGAUUAAUAUCCGUGACAAACUUACAGAAUACCAGGAAACAGGUCUACCAAAAACGAGGCCAGAAUACUAUGAUGUAAUACUUUUUACUGAUAAAAAUCAAGACACGUUUUUGGGGACACUGGAAGAAAACACCGUUAUGCAGAUGCGUAAUGAUAUGAGGAGAAAGGAUGAAGGAACAAAAUGCGAUAUUGAAGAAAACAUUAAAUCAUUUCUGAACAACAUUAUUGUUCGCGACAUAAACAAAACUAAAGAAAAUCUUAAACUACGGAAGAAUGUUGAGUCAUUUGAGGAAGAUUUUGCUUUGUUUUUUAUAAAUCAUAUGAUUGAACUUAUGGAAGAUGUUAAUGUGCUUCUCGAAGAUAUGUCCGAAGGGUCGUUCAUUGUAAUUUUUCUGGCGCCAAUUCUGAAUAAAUUUUUUAUGAAAAAUAAGAAGAUCUGGUACCCAAAAUACGGGGAAACAUGCCUUAAGGCAAAUGCCGAAGAUCUUAAUUCUCAAAAAGCGGAUAAUGAACGACGUUCUCCUGGCAAGAAGAUUGACACGAUUUUUGUAAUAAAGGAAGAUAACGAGGAGUUCUCGGUUACAGAAGUCAGCGGUCCCCCAAAUAAAAAUGAUUGGUCGCAUUUUAUUGGAGAUCGGCUGAAAAUAGCUAAGAUGUUAAAAACAUUGAUUAAUCGAUUCGCAAAGCUUCGUCCAGGUUCCGAUAUUAGAAUGGUUAGACUAUACGGAAUGCAAUUAUAUUUAUGUCAGGUUAUCAUAUACGAAUUUCAGCUCAAAUAUUCUGAAAUAUACACCAUGGAAGAAGUAUUGAAAUUUCCCCUUCCAAAAACUUGGAAAGAUAUGAAAAAUGCCCACGAAAGUAUAAUCGGAUUCUUGAGAUAUGAGCGCCUGUUAUCCAAAAGUUCGACUUCUAUAGGCGAUUUUUUGUGGACAGAUGGCGAUGGCGAAGCUUUUCAGG